CCGCACAAACCUUAUCUCACUCGUUAUCUCUUAUUCUUUCUGGAAAACCAAUGAAAAAGAAGAGAAGAAUACAGAGGAAAGAAGAAAAAAAAGCCAACGAUUGAGGACGACGAUGACGAAGGUAUUUGACGUUGGCGAUGAUGAGAGUGUUGAAGAUAAUGCUACUGGUUGGGGGAGGUGGGCUGUGGCGAUUUUUGGAGGGUGGAUUGGGUGAUAAGCACCGAAUUGAAGAGGAUGCAACAGAGAAUUAGUGGGAAAUUAUUCAUGGCUGCCUGGUUGUUCUGUUUUGCUGUGAUUUUUCAAUGAACCAGUGAAGUGUGUACUAUAGAGAAAGGUUAUUUGCCAAGCGGAGAAGGAUAUGUUUGGAGGAGCUCGACUUCAAUCCCACUGCCGGAGAGCUCGUGGUAUCCACGACGACGGCAAGGAUGGGUGAAUCGAGGAGAUUUUUCUUUUGUUUUUUACUUCAAAAUUAAUUAUUUUAAUAAUUCAAAAUGAUGUGGCAAUAAUAUGCUGAUGUGUGAGAUGAUUUGGCAUCCUAGUCAGCCUAACGUUAACCUAACUGACGGAGUUUCUAACACCGUUAAAGUCUCUAACAGAAAUGGCUAGAUUUGUCACAUGACCAUUCAAUAUUUAGGCUAUUUUGUGUUUUCGAAUAUUUAUGGCUAUAUUUAUCACAAACGUGAAAGUUAUGGCUAUACAAAUGUAUUUUUGCCUAAAUCAAACUAUCUCCUUACCUUUGAUAUAUUUGUGCUUUAGUGAUAUCUUCGAUACCAUUUUAGAAAUAAAAACUAGUUUGCACAAAUAAUUUGACACAAUAGGAGAUAUGUUUCCAUAAUUAAACUAGUACACUGAAUAGAAAACCUACAAUAACUACUCUGUUCAAAAGAGGGGGGAAAUGGAGAAAUUUUACAAUGUUAUAUAGUAUUGCUGCUAUAGGUUUUUGUCUUUAUGGUACAAUUUAAAAUUGUACAUUUACGUUAUGGUACAACUUCAGAUUGUACCUAUAUUUUUUGUACAAAUUCUUUUAUGGUACAACUUGAACUUGUACCUUUAUGUGAUGGUACAACUUCAAGUUGUAAAGUUGUACCAUAACAUAUGAUACAAAUUGUUUUAUGGUACAACCUAAACUUAUACAUUUAAUGUUAUGGUACAACUUUGAGUUGUACAUUAAAGUACCAAUACUAUAUAGCAUAGUAGAAGUGUUGGGGAAAACACUUUCGGUAGAGAGUCCGUUGAAUCAUCCCCUCCUAAAAUACCGUUGGACUACAAAUCUGUUGGGCUUGCAGCCGCUUCCACUAUAUGUUUCCAAAACUUUAGAUAACCUUUCAAUGGUCAUAAAUGGUUAGCUUACUUAGCUAGCUAUGGUAUACAUAAAAUCAAUGCAUGCAAUAGAGAGCUACAUAGAACAUGUCAAGAAGUAACCCAUCCUAAGCUUCUCCAAAUCCUAAUUCAAAUGCCCCAAAAUCUAGGGCAUUAUAAUCCAGACAAGUCCUACAUUAUAAGGGUCGGUUAAUCAAAUCAUCCCUCCACAAUCCUAGCUUAGCCCUAGUCUCCAAGUCACGACGAAACCCUAGACAGCAAAUUAGUAAGCAAAUCGCGCGCCAACUUGCCCUAUUGGACUUCUAUAAAUAGAACGACAUAACUCCACAUUAAUAUGCAUGCAAAUUGCAAAAAAAGAAAACACAGUAUCAUUAAAUAAAAAAAACAUCGUAGUGAUUCCUUUUUUUUUUCUUCUGCAAAUGGCGUCGAAAGCUAGAACUCUCUUCCUGGUUUCCCUCUUGAUCAUGGUGGUCGCAGUGGUCGGCCCAAUUGCUGCUGAGGCCCAGCUGGGGAUCAUCAGCGGGCUUUUGGGCUUGAUCAACGUCCAUGGCACUGUGUUUUGCACCGCCAAUGGCAACAUGGGUGCAAACGGCACUGCCACCCCUGUUUUCCCAAAUGCAGGUGUGCAAUUGCAGUGUGGAAGCACUAUAAUAUCAACCACAACGACGAACGCAGCUGGUGUAUUCUCCAUACUACUGGAUCCUCUCCGCUUCAUUCUCACCACGCUCUUGAACGACUGCAGCGUGAGAGUCACGACGCCGCUCUCCACCUGCAACGCCACCCUGCCUUCCGUCGGCGGCAUCCUCUCUUCCCCUCUCCAGUUCGUCGGCGACAUCCUCGUCGGCCUCCUCAGGGUUACUCAGCUCGUCCCCACGGGAUUCAACCUCCUCCCUCCCAACAGCAACAAUAAUUAGCUUUGAGUGUAUAAUUGCUUUGUGCAUGUACGAUUAUUGUAACGUGUGAGGGACCAAUAUUGUUAUAUAUAAAAAAAAUAGUACAAAUAAGGUCUAAUCGUAUAUGUAUGUUUGUAUUUCAAUUUCAAUAAUGAGGGUGCAAUGGUACUAAUGAAGUAUGUGUGUUGUAAUGUUGUGUUUGAAAUAUGGUUAAGUUGUAAUUUUGCUAUUCAAUAAAGUGUGUAAUUUACGUGUUUUAUGAAUUUCUUACAUCUUAUGUCAUGUGAGUAUACAUGCGAAUGUUAACAUAUGAGUUGAAAUUGUAAAAAGAAAUUACUACCCAUGGAUAACCGUGGAUACCCGAAACUCGGACGGGUAUGUACAUGAUUUUGAUUUUCUACUUGAUUCUUAAAUGGGUAUGAGUAUGAGUAAAACCGAACUACUUUAAAUAGAGUAACAAAUAUGCAUGCACUAUCCACCUUGGCCCGACUUAUUGCUAUCUCUUAACUCCUUCCGUGAAAAUCUUUUACAAGAUCGAGUCCUUUGUUGUAUUUGGCUUUGCAUUUUUGUACCGUUUUCGUUUCUUUUCCUCUCUUUUUUGCAAUAAAAUUUGUCAUUAUCUUUAAAAAAAAACUGUUCUAGAUGACCUAUAUGCAUAGUUAGUAAAUUCUCCGUUAGUAAAUUUUCAGGAUGUGCUGCUGAUCCUAAUUAUCAUCUGGCAGAGCCAACAAGUGAAUUACAGGUCGAGCUGACAUAGGAUCCGUUUUCUGAUCUGAAGUGAAGGGAGUCCCCCGUGGCUAGUUACCGUACUGGCAUUCAUACGGUCUUACUUCCACAAUCACAGCCAGCCGUUUUGUCUCCAAGUCGAAGGAUGUUCCCUAUCCCCGGUUUAUCCCAAUCCCAUUCAUUGUCGUAGUUCUGAUGAACAGGUGCCUUCUGAGCGGUUUGGUCGGAUAAAGGUUUGCCUAAACCAUUUCAGUUCAUUUCGAGGAACCCACCUCCUUUUCUUAGACGGAAGCCUGAGAGUAGAAAGCUGGGAAGAAUAGAAUAUGAGCCUAGAGGCGAAGACGGAUUAAGAACUUAACUGAAGCGCUUGGCUCAUGUAUCCAUACAUAUUUUAUUCGUUUAAAACUUCUGUAUCCCUAUUAUUGUCAAGCCGUUUCAUUUGUUUCCGUUCAUUUGAUGGCUCCCGUACUAAACACAUAUAAAAAUCGUAUAACACGUUUAAUAUCCGUAUUUAAUGAAUUAAAAUAUUAACU